AUGGCAAUCGCAGCCCGAUUCGGUCUUGACGUUAGACAAUUCGACGUUGGUAACGCCUUCCUGUACAGCGACCUAAAGAAGGACCAUCCCGUCUACGUCCGGCUCCCGCAAGGCUUUGCCUUGUAUGGUCUUCGAGAGUCUCCACUGCUCUGGUACAAUGAGAUCUCCCAGGCCCUCAAGGAGGCAGGGAUUGACCGUACGGAUGAAGAACCUUGUGUGUUUACCAACGGCAAAAUCCUGGCUCUUGUCUAUGUCGACGACAUCUUGAUUCUCAACCCACGGCAAGAGAAGAAGGCGGUAAACGACCUGGUCCAGCAUCUCCAAUCCAAAUACGAUCUGCGCGAAGAAGAAUUUAAGUGGUAUCUUGGCAUCAGAGUUGUAAGGGAUCGACCAAACAGGAAGAUCUACCUCUGCCAAGACGCGUACGUCGAGAAAAUUGCGCGAAAGUUCAAGCUCAGCGACUUGAAACUCCGAGUACCAUCAAUCCCCAUCGCGACGAUCCCGCUCGUCAAGUACAACGGGCAGGCUACCAAGGAAGAGAUAAAGGCGUAUCAGGAACGAGUUGGAUCCUUGAUGUAUAUCGCGGCCAUGACCAGACCCGAUAUAGCACGAGCAGCAGCCCAGCUCGCGAGGUUCCUGACAAACCCAUCGCCUGAACACCUUGAAGCCGCAAACCAAUGCAUCCGAUACCUAUACUCAACGAGAUUCCUUGCAAUCAUGUACGACGGGAUGCAUCAGGAGAGGUACUUGUGA